CGCUGCGAGAACUCAGUUGCUCACGAGCAUCCGUCGACUGAUGAACAUGGUCUCUUAUACGUCGAACAGCGUGAGUGCCGUGCUUGCGAUGUGCCGUUACGCUCUCUUCUUCGUGGUAACAAUUGUGGCUCUCAGCAGGGCCGACAAUGCUGAGAGCGGUCUAAAGGUGGAGAAGAUGUACAUGCCCGAAAUAUGCGACGUCAGGUCAAAGAAGGGCGACCAGCUGACCAUGCACUACACCGGCACGCUCCAGGACGGCAGCAAGUUCGACUCAAGUUUGGAUAGAGAUCAACCAUUUACUUUCCAGCUUGGUGUUGGACAAGUUAUUAAAGGUUGGGAUCAAGGUCUUCUGGAUAUGUGUGUAGGCGAGAAAAGGAGAUUGACGAUACCACCUGAGCUGGGAUACGGUGAAAAGGGAGCUGGAAAUGUUAUUCCCGGUGGUGCUACUCUUACGUUUGAAGUUGAACUUAUGAAUAUUAGCGAUUCGCCCCCAACCGCUAACGUCUUUAAGGAAAUCGAUGCUGACAAAGACAACCAACUGUCCCGCGAGGAGGUGAGAGCAAUGGUAAGCGAUUAUCUCCGAAAGCAGGUGAUAGAAGCCGAGCAAGCGGGUGCUAGUGAAAAUGAAGACGUAAAGAAAAUGCUGGCUGAUCAUGAUAAGCUCGUCGAGGAGAUCUUCCAGCACGAGGACAAGGACAAGAACGGCUUCAUCUCCCACGACGAGUUCAGUGGGCCGAAGCAUGAUGAGCUCUGAAGUCUUCGUCCCUCAUCAUCGCGUCUCCAAGCGCCCGUUGUUGACGUCGUCGUCCCAACCGUCGACGAUAUCGACGCGCCCCGCGCCAUCACGUGUUCACCUCUGUAUAAAAUCACCUCUUCGAGUCCCCUCUCGGGUAUUCCCGAAGGAUCCAAUGAUCGAUUGUGCCGAGUACACGCGUGCUCGAACUUGCAAGACCAAGCAAAUUUACCAGCAAACUUUUCUGAUAUAGCACCACUGAUACCAGCAUCAGAGGGAUACAAUCUUCGGGAAUCUUCGGCUCGUCGAGUCGUAUUCAUGUUCUCGAUUGCAGGAAACUUACAAGAGUAGGUGGACAUUUUGAUUAACAACGAUGAGCGUAAAGUGAAACUGUUUUUUGAAAAAUUCGGAAAAAAGGGGAUCUGGAAGUUUUGAAAACUAUUUGAUAGUCUCAAAUAGCUUAAAAAUUUCCUAAUUUUUUAAUUCGGGUGUUCUAAAGGAUACGAUUUCAUUCGUUUGAAAAUAAGAAUCACGAUUACAAUCCCACGAGCCAUCUUAUACGCACAAGAUUAACCGAGAAUCUGCAGAGGAAAUAUUGAUCAAUUUCCAGUGCAAUUUCCAUCUGAACCUUUCUUAUCCUAGUACAUCUUACUAGGAAGAUCUGCAAUUUUUAUCGCUCAAUAUUGUUUAUUUUAUUUAUCAUACAAUCUCGUUUUGAAAAUCUUUAUACUACAGUAUACAAACAAUUAUUUCUGCAGUUACUUAGUUUUUAUAGAUAAUUUAUAUUGCGCAGAAUUAUGAUUCCUUUACCAAAUAAAGUUUCUGAUACAACAAAUUUUUCGUUGACUGUUAAAUCGUGAAAAUAUAUAUCAAAUCUAUAGUCUUUAAAUAAUUAAUAUAAAUAUUGCAUUUUUUUCUUAUUUAUUUUCAACCAGUUUAAAAAUUUGCGGAAAUUUACAAAGAUCCAUGAAAAUUUCACGGAUAUUCCUAGGGAAACAUUCCGGCGGAACAUUAUUGUACAUUUUAAUACGAUAUAAACAAAAAAAAAUAUACGAAUGUCUGCUCGAAUGAUUGCACUGUAGUGACGUGAAGUGAAACUGUGUGUUUCGCGCUAUAUAUAUUAUAUAAAAAUAUAAAGGGAGAGAGAGAGAGAGAGAGAGAGAGAGAGAGAGAGAGAGAGAGAGAGAGAAAGAGAGAAAGAGAGAAAGAGAGAGAUUGUGAUUGAGCGAGAUAAAGGUGUGACGGAAAGAGUGUUUUUUCUACAUGAUUAUAAAUGUUAGCAUAACUAAAAAGCAUCGACGUAUGGUGCUGAAACUCACAUGCAUUCUGUCCUACUCUCAAAGCUUCCACCAACCUAUCCCAGUCAUAACGAUCCCUUGCUCGAGAGUCGCGCGCGCGCGCGAUGUUCACGUAGGAGA